GCGGCUUCCUAUAGCGCCGCGUAUUCCAUGACGCCAUAAUGAAGCAUGGUAUACAACUGCGCGCCAGACACAACAUCUCACUCAUGCCCGCCAUAAGAUUGCGCAAACACAAUAUUCACUUUGUUGCGUGCGAGAGACUUCGAUAGGUUCGAACAAGCUUGAAUCGCAAAUUAUGUCAACCUCUAGACUUAAAAUCCAGGACGUCACUCCGCGAAUCACAACUUUCAAAGUCCUCUUCAACCGCUUUGCGCCCCUUGGCUACCGCAAAUUUGUCGCUGUUGGCAACCGCGCAACUGCCAUCCGACUACAUAAUGAUCGCAUUCUCCUGCUAAAUCCCAUCCAACUCGACCAAGCCGUGCGUGAAAAACUCAACCAACUCGGAGGUGUCCAUCUUAUCGCCAGCGACCUUGGUCACCACAUGUUCGUCAAAGAGUACACGGAUGUGUGGUCAGAAGCAAAAACCACUAGCAUUCCUGGCUUGAAUAAGAAGAGAAAAGACAUAAAAUGGGACUACAUCUACAAAGACUGGACUUCGAGUCCAGAAGACCAAUUCGACUUUGCGCAAGAUGUGGAGACUGCUUUUCGAAGGGUUUAUUACGUAUUGUGUGGCUUGGUACCACAAGCCAACGAAGACCCUGAUACAAUCUGAUCUUAUGAUGAAUUUGCAGUAUACUGAGCAAUACCAUCCAAGCUCUUCGGAGCAAGGUCUGCUAUCCCGCGAGUUUGCAAAGUGAGCACACCCACAGUCUGUAUGGAUGAGGCGACCUAUCUGCUAUAUUGCUACAGUCGAUUACGCUCUUAUGCGGCGUGAUGCGAAGAGAGUGGCGCAGUGGCA